AUGGCACCUAAAGGCAUAUGUCGUGAAUUUGCAAAAAGCGGGACUUGCAAAUUCAAAAAAUGCAAGUUUCGACAUAAAAAGGACGACCAGAUGGCCCCUCAUACCAAAGAAAAUCCUUCGUUGCUGUCCAACACCCUGUCUAACACGGAGCGGGAGUUUCGAGCUUGGAAGCAUAGUAUUCCUGUCAAUAGGAAGGCUGCACCAACUGACGGCAGGCUUACUUCGAUUUUCCAGAAGGCGUUACAACUGAUUGACAGUGAUGUUGGUGUUCGUCAAUCAGUCAUUCAGGCACUUUCUGAUGAAAGUGGUCUGCGUUGUAUCCAGUCGAUGACCGAACAAAACUUUGAACGAAUGCCUGGAAGCCUUGAGGAACAGACAUUUAGAACCCAAAUCCUUCCACUCUUGAAAACAAUUUCCCAUGCCGACGUGUUGCAAUCCCUCAUACUAGAACAGUCAGUCGGAACCAUUUACAAUUUUCUGUUUGGAGUAGGGGGAACAAGAGCCUCAAAGCUACUCAGGUUCUGUUCUGAAGUCCUCAUGCACUGCAACAAAAAUGAGUCCACUAUGGAGUGGCUAGAGGCUUCUUUGGUGGUAUUCUCACGGAUUGUCGAUCUCAAUUCCGCCGCUCUUAUUCAGGAAUCGCUUAAGGAUUGUGCAAGUCAGUUCCAACUGAUAUUUACCGCAUGGGUCACCGACCACCCGGAUAAUCCUUUGCACCAGUCACGACUGCAUCUGGAACGCUUAUUCCACCGCUUUGAUAUUGGUAUUUCUCUGCCAAAUAUGACGCAGAAGAAGAUGUCUAAGGGCCCGAGAGCGCGAGGAGCUUUCGUCUUCGAGCAUGAUCCCCCAGGAGGCCGCCAUGACAAUGACCACAGAGAUAUAUGUCAGAUUCGGAUUAUGCCGACUUUCGAUGAAAUCUCCAGUCGGCGUGUAGAGUACCUGCCGACGUACGAUCCGGCACAGUGGCAUGUAAAUGGUCCUCACGGGCUUCUGGAUCGUAACUUCCGUUUGCUUCGCGAAGAUACCGUCGGUCUACUCCGAGAUGCAAUCCAACUCGAGAUCCAGCCUCCUAGAACUCUCUCAAAUCACAACCCCAAACAACGCACCAACGUAUAUCAGGGUGGUAGGAUCGCCAAGCUUGGAUUUCACAAGAUGGAUGGAUUUCAGUUUAAGUUUGAUUUUCCUUAA